CAGGCGCAGAGGACAGUGGGACAGCCAUGGUGGGGACACUUAGGACAUGAGCCUUGAGGUCAGCGUCCCUGUCACCCUCUGCCUCAACUUUCUUGCCUGUCAAAGGGAUCUGAUUUUCCGGCUGCUGCCUCCACCUCUGUAAGUGGGGCUGGUGUUCCUGUCUGUCCCUACUGGAAAUGGACCAGAGAGGCAAAGACACCACCCUAGCUCUACACAGCAGGAUGUCCGGUGAUCAGACAGCUCAGGACCCUGGAUCCAGCCUGGGGGAACUGGACCAGCACAACGUGGUGAAGCGAGUGGUGGCCUUGCCCCUGGUCAGGGCCACGUGCACUGCUGUGUCUGGUGCCUACAACUCAGCCAAGGACAGGCACCCGCUGCUGGGCUCUGCCUGCCGCUUUGCUGAACACUGUGUGUGUAGUGUGGCUACCUGUGCCCUGGACCACGCACAGCCACUGCUGGAGCACCUGCAGCCCAAGUUGGCCACAGUGAAUGAUCUUGCCUGCAGGGGACUAGACAAAUUGGAAGAGAAGCUGCCCUUCCUGCAGCAGCCAUCGGACACGGUGGUCACCUCAGCCAAGGAUGCAGUGGCCAAAAGUGUCACAGGCGUGGUGGACCUGGCCCAAAGGGGCCGGCGUUGGAGCGGGGAGCUGAGGCGCUCCGUGAGCCAAGCCAUGGACACUGUGCUGAGGCGCUCCGUGAGCCAAGCCAUGGACACUGUGCUGGGCAAAUCAGAGGAGCUGGUGGACCAUUUCCUGCCCAUGACUGAAGCUGAGCUAGUGGCCCUGGCGACUGAGUCCCAGGGCCCAGAAGUGGGCUCAGUGGAGGAGCAGAGGCAGAAACAGGGCUACUUUGUGCGUCUGGGAUCCCUAUCGGCACGCCUCCGCCAUCUUGCCUAUCAACACUCUUUGGGGAAACUGAGGGAGAGCAAACACCGCACCCAGGAGAUGCUGGCCCAGCUGCAGAAAACUCUGGAGCUGAUCCAGCAUAUGCAGAGUAGGGCAAGCCCCACCCCUACUUUCCAUCACCCAAAGGUCCAGGAGCUUUGCGGGGACUGGAGCCCAUGUCUGGAGAAUGGCUACCGCCACAGCCAGGUGGAGCUGGAGACACUGGCUCUGUCGAGAAGUCUGACCCUGGAGCUGCAGAGUGCAGUGGAUGCCCUUGCAGGCUGUGUUCGGGGCCUGCCCCCUAGUGCCCAGGCCAAGGUGGCUGAAGUGCAGCGCAGUGUGGAUGCUCUACAGGCCACCUUUGCUGAUGCACACUGCCUUGGUGACGUGGCACCCACUGCUCUGGCUGAGGGCCAGGACAGCGUGGCCCAGGCACAUGCCUGUGUGGAUGAGUUCCUGGAUUUGGUCCUUCGAGCCAUGCCACUGGCCUGGCUUGUGGGGCCCUUUGCGCCCAUCUUGGUGGAGCGGUCAGAGCCCCUGAUCAACCUGGCCACCUGUGUGGAUGAGGUGGUGGGUGACCCUGACCCCCGCUGGGCACACAUGGACUGGCCAGCCCAGCAGAGGGCCUGGGAGGCUGAGCCUGCAGACCCUGGGGGACAAGAGGCUGAGCCCCCACUGGGCCAGGUCAAGCACACAAUGAUGCCAGAGCUAGACUUCUGACCAUCGAGGUCCCUACUGCCCCCUGGUGGUCCUAUGACAGCACUCAAGCUAGUCAGGGCUUCUGCUCCCUUCCCUAGAUUUUGAGGUCUAAGUGGACUUCAGCAGACAAAUUUCAACCCCUCACAGGAGACCCUUCCUUAUGAUCAUGUCCUUACCCCCAAAGUUGACGGCCAGCUUGAGCUGCCUUAUCAAGAAUGUCUCAAAAAAAAAAAAAAAAAAAAAAAAAAAGAAAGACAAAGGUGGCUGGGAGGAAGACCUGGUACCCACAGUACCUGGGGGCUUGGGACUCCUCAAAUCAAAUGAUUUUGGUUAGUGCCCAGCCACCCUUGCUGGGCCAGAGAGACUCAAUUGCUUUGCUGUUUGUGGUCCAGAAUAAACAUGUUUGGUGUGGUCUAAGG